AUGGCGAACAUGGAUAUGGAUAGAUCGAGUAACGGUGAGUACAAGUAUCAAAGAGACGAGGACGCCGACGUUAAGCCUAGGAUGCUGGAGGAAUCCGAUGUAAAGGAACAUCAAAUUGACAAGGUCGGAGAAUACGUGCGUGAGCUUUUACAGGAAAAAAUAGAGCUCGACACUCAAAAAUGGCCCAAUUCAAUCCGGUUGCUCGAUCAAGAAAUUCAAAAAACACAAGCUAUUGGAAAACCAUUGAGAGAUCCAAAAUAUGUGGAUAUUUAUCGUGAAAAACCAGUUCGCAUUUCUGUCAAAGUUUUGGUACCUAUUCGUGAACAUCCCAAGUUUAAUUUUGUGGGAAAAUUGCUGGGGCCAAAAGGCAAUUCCAUGAAACGUCUGCAAGAAGAAACAAUGUGCAAGAUGGCAGUGUUGGGUAGAGGGUCGAUGAAGGACAGGCAAAAGGAAGAAGAGUGUCGCGCUUCUUUGGAUCCAAAAUACGCGCAUCUUUCUGACGACUUGCAUGUAGAGAUCACGGCUAUAGCACCGCCAGCAGAGGCCUAUGCUCGCAUUGCCUUUGCGCUAGCCGAAGUGCGGAAAUAUUUGAUUCCCGAUAACAACGACAACAUACGUCAAGAGCAAAUGCGUGAAAUGGAGAUGAAUAUCUCUGAUGAUCCAGUUUCAGAUGAUCGAAGACCUUCUAUGAGGGGUGCUACAGGUCCUGCUAGUGGUAUACUUAGAUCCACUACGAGACCGACGAUGUCUAGAACGUCUAGAGCUAUUCUUCCACCACCACCCGCAAACCGCGGGCCACUUUCUCGACCUGUCCCGCCCAAAUCAAAGGUAUUCUCAAUCUUGGAUCGUGCAAGAGCUGCUAUGGAUCAAAGUUACGGUUACGAAACUCCGACGCCUCCGCCUCCGACCAAUCGUGCUGGAUCGCAUCAUGAUUAUGAUUAUCAUGGAUCAAUGUCCAGUACUGCUCGAUAUGGCGAUCGUCAUUAUACAUCUGGCAGUUCUGGGUACACCACGUAUGAAUAUGAGGACGACUCGGCGCCGCAUUCCUCGCAUGAUUAUUACGAAUCUUCGGAUUAUCCAGAGGAGUCGUCGAGCCGCGCUUGGAAAUCAUACAAGACUACAACGACGUCAGGCACAGUUUCGCGCUACCGCACCACUCCGUAUACACGACCUUCCAACGUUAUCGCUAAUCCAUUGGCAAGUAACUUUCCUAAUGCACGGCGGUCUAUGAUGCCUGCGAUGCAGAAACCUCUAAAUGAAAGAAAUCGUCCUUAAUCGUCCUUGGAAGCACGGAAGCUAAUCACGGUAAUGACGCGCGAAUAUUAUUUCACAAUAAUUAACAAGAGUAAGUUAAUGUCAAUAGAAAUUUCAUGUUUUAACAAUCAGAAAAUUCUUCAUUUCUUGUUCAGUUUCUUUCCAUGUAUAGUUUAAUCAUUCUUUUUCUCUCUUUUUUAUUUGUUUUUCUCUUUUACUUUAUUCAUAUAUUUCAAUUUUAAACGGUACGUAUUAAUCCAAUUUCGUUUUCAGUCUUUUUUUAUAAUAAAUUCGAUAGUUUUCAGAUCAAUUUUUGCAAUCAGCCACUGGAUAAACAGAAAUACAUAAAUAGAAAUGCAGUGUAAUUAAAACAUAAUUGACGUAUAAAACAUAAGUGAAACCAAUGCUACUAUCAUAAUCAAGUAUAUGCAUAAAAAAUAAUUUUUUUAUUAUACAAUUUAAACGCCUAUUGAAUCCUUUAACUGUUAAUUUUAUAUGCUUAUCAUAUAUUUAUAAUUUAAUAUAAUUUUUUUAGCGAUCUAAUUUUUUGCAAACUAUAAACUCUGUUUCUUUUUUUUUUUUCUUUAAACUUGUAGACCAUAGAGAGAUUUAAUUAGUGUCUUAGUUGAACAGCUAAGAUGAAGUAAAAUAAAAUCGCAUUUAAUGCGAAAAACUGGAAUGAUAAAAUAUAAAAUUUCAUCAAAAAUGAAAUUACUUGUGUACUCAAUAUAUUAUACACAAAUGUAUGUUACAAAUUAAAUAUAAAUUAGAAUCUUCAUAAUCUUCAUAAUCUUCCAACGAUCUUUUAGAAAUGUACUUAAAUGUUUUUGCGAAUAUUUGGAAAUAGAUUGAAUAAAAUAUUCAAAUACUAACAAUAUCCACAUAAUAAUAAUCUUUUAUUCUAUGACCAAUGUAUCAAUAAUAGUUUUAUGUCUUCCAAACAAAAUGUAAUUGGAAAACUCGUAUUAAAAUAUUAUAAUGAAGUAGUAUUUUGUUUCAAUUAUUGAUACUACUUUUUUAUUGAGAAAAACAAUUAAUUAAACGUUUUAAAUGGUAUAUAGAAUUAAAAAUAUAAUUUAAGCAAUAAAUUGGUCAUGUAAGAAAAUUUAUAUUAUUGCAACAUUAUUAUGGUAUAAUAUAACGCAAUAAUAUAUCGCCCGCUGAAUAUGUAUAAUUUUUAUUCAUUAAACUAAAAUGCAUAAUACAUAGAUAUAUGGAUAUAAAAAAAUAUUAAGAAUAAUGAUUUGUUUUAUUCAUACUUACUUCAUAGUAAAUGCAAGAUUAUGAUAAAUUAGUGUUAUAAUUGAUAAUUCUAAUCAUACAAAUAUUUAAAAUUAUACUGAAAUUAUAUGUGUAAUGCAUAAACAAAAUCUGUCAUUAAUUUGUCGCUUUAUUAAAAUAUUAUUAAUAUGUUUACCCUGUGUAACACAUGUAAUUCUCGUAAAUUGAAAUAAAUAUAACAUAAUAUUACAUGAAA